GUCCAUGUUUGGCGGAGGAGAAGUUUGUGUUACUUCGACAAACUUCAGACACACCAUGCCGUAGACAUGGGAAGCACAGCGCUUUCGACAAAGCCAGACCGCUAACUUUUUUUUUUUUUCUCUCUCCCAGGUCCGGUCGUAUAAAAAAAAUAUAUGACCUUUCGUAUAAGUUAAAAUUAUUGUUAGAAAUAAUAACGUCGUUUAAAAAAAAAAAAAAAACGACCAAAGCUCGCGGUUGGAACUGAAUUUUAUGUUUCGUUCACGAACCGUGAAUUACAUCUUCGUAGAGCGGGCCAGCCUUCGCCGCUAUGCGUUAUUGCCGCUUUGUUUCCGGUAGAGAACCAGGGACCCUCUGUUCCGUCGGCUGCCUCGCGUGCUCGCUGCAUCCUCCGCUGGCCGGUUUCGUAUGAGCCGUAGCGAGACAGCGACGUCGGCUCGGAGGCUCCGCCAGCGGAGCCAGGCUUCACGAUGGGGAUGCCCAGGGGAGGACGCCUGUUCCUGGCGACGUGCCUCUGCUCGUUCUUCGUACUUGUCCUUUACUUCCAGAGCGUCACCAAACCAGAAUCGGCUUUGAAGACUGGCAGCAUACCAGGGAAGAGUCGAAGAAGUCCACUGCAGACCAUUUACAAAGGAGACCAGAAGCCGCUGGAGCUGACGGGAGCCCAGAAGCCCCUCCAAGGCCGCAGGGAGGUGUUGGAGCAGGCGUGUCUGAGCCACACCAAGAAGCGGCGGGUGCUUUCGCCAGAGGAUCUCAAACACCUCAUUGUGGAUGAUAAACACGGCCUUAUUUACUGCUACGUGCCUAAGGUAGCCUGCACCAACUGGAAGCGCGUGCUAAUGGUCCUCACCAGCAACGGCCGCUACACUGACCCUCUUUCCAUCCCUGCCAACGAGGCCCAUGUGCCAAGUAACCUCCGCACGCUCUCCGAGUUCUCAGUGACGGAGAUAAACCAGCGCCUUCGCAGCUACCUCAAGUUUGUUUUUGUGCGGGAGCCCUUUGAACGCCUCGUGUCCGCCUACCGCAACAAGUUCACGCGUAGCUACAACACGGCCUUCCAUAAGCGUUAUGGAACCAAGAUCAUCCGCCGGCACCGGCAGAACCCCAAGGCCGAAGCCCUGGAGAAAGGAAACGACGUCUCUUUCCGAGAGUUCGUUCAGUAUCUGGUGGACCCUCGAACGCAGCGGGAGGGCCCUCUGAACGAGCACUGGGAGCGGGUGCACUCCCUGUGCCACCCCUGUCUGAUCCACUACGACGUAGUGGGCAAGUAUGAAACUCUGGAGCCGGAUGCUCAUGCCGUGCUAAAGUUAGCAGGAGUGGAGGGCAAAGUUCAGUUUCCAACGUCUGGCAAGACCACCACGACUGACAGCAGCAUGGCCGCACGCUUCUUUAAGUACAUCAGCCCGUUCUAUCAGAAGAAACUCUUCAACCUGUAUCGCAUGGACUUCUUACUCUUUAAUUACUCCACGCCGGAGUAUCUGAGAACUUAGCGACCAACAGAGACGAGAGGACCACACACUCCUUUCAGACAUUUAAGUGAUGAUUCGCACUUUUUGGUUUCUGGUGAAAUUCCACAAAGACUCCUACCUGCAGGGGAAACUACCUCUGAUCGGUUUCGGAAAGUUUCCUGUUGCUUCAGCACCAACAGACUGAUGUAGGUGAAUGACAAACUUUUACAAAAAGGCAAAUUUUUUUACCCAUGUUCUGACAUGGACUUUAUUAGAUCAAACGUGAUCAAGGAUUGCUUUGACUCCAGUUGUUGUUGGGCUGGUGAAAAGUGCCUCACCAGCGUUCCUGCUGUGCCCAAUCCAGUGAUAAUCUUCUUAAUGCUUUUCUUUUUAUGAGAAUUAAUGAGCCAUAAAUGAAAGUCGGCGUUCUAAAGGAGCAGGUUCUCCUCUUGCUGGCGAUUGUGCUGACUGUGAAGUUUUCCUCAGAAGGUUAUUUCAGAGCACCGAUGGAAAGCCUUUAUUUAUGUACGUAUGUCAUCACAGAGUAUUUAUUGUUGUAUAAAGCGAGGUGUGGAACUUGCGUGAAAAUAAUUUAAAUGAAAGGACAAGAGGGUUUCUUUUUAAGAAGGGAUAUUUAAGUCCACCGAAAGGUUACUGCUGCCUUGGCUUUAUCACUGGUGCCAGUCAGAAAAUUCUUUACAACUUUAUUAAUUCACAAUCAUCUUAAUUUGUGUCUAAUAUCAACGUCUGCUAGUCCUCUUCAUUUCAUUAAAAGCUUACCAUCCAGCAUCCUUGGCUGCCUGCAUUUAGCUGUGGGCCUGUAGGCUGAACAAACAAUCACAUAGCUGUGGUUGAAGCCGGCCCGGCUCGGCACUACCCCAGUCAGAGCCGCCCUUGUUAAUGGAAACGCCGGCAGACGAAGAGUUAAAUCCACCUACAGCCAUCUGCACUGCGGCGCCUUGUUCAGAAAACGUGUUGGAAUUUCUGCAGGAAUAAUUUGGAGCUUACUAUAGGAAAAGGUUUAUUAAAGGAGUUUACUGUCUUAUGUCCAAAAGAGGAACACUUUACACAUCCAAGGCCUUUUUCUAGCUCUGUAAACUGGAUUUUUUCAGCACAUUAAAAAAAAUAUUUUAAGAAGUACAGUUAUCACUAUACCAGCAACUACAACAUUCAUUGCUUUUUUUGUUUGUCUGUCAUUGAGCUGCAUUGUGGGUACUGAAGGCCCAAAGAAUCUGUAUCAUAAAGAUGGCUCUUUAUCUGAGAUUUUGGUUCUUUUUUUAUUCCAACUGUUAAACUACAGAGGUUCUAAGAAUGAAUCACUGCUUUAUUUCUGCAAAUGGUAAAAAUCUGAGUGCUUUAGGAAUUUAAAGGAGGGAAAUAAAUGAUGGAAAACCCAUUUCUUAAUGCCGAAACACCUCAAUUGACCGGAAGAUAUUUGGUAUUUUUGUAGAAAUAGAUUAAAAAGCAGAUUAUAUAGCGAAAGGUCCAGUGUCUAAGGUGAUCCAUUAUCUUGUUCUGUGUCGCUCUCUCCGUCCACCAGUGCAAUAAAAAUCAUGGCUAAACAUUUGUUUUUCAGGGCUAUUAGACUUAUAUGGAGGUUGGCAUAACAGGAAAUGUGGCCUUUAGUUUUGCCACUAAAGAGGUUCUAUGACUGGUUUUAGAACCAGAUCCUAACUGGCGCUAUAGAGAGCAUAGAACAGUUUUCUACACCCAGAGAACCAGUAUAAUAUCCAGUGUGUUAGGUUUCUGUAGAGCGUCAGAUUAGGCCUACAGGAAGAUAGACUGUACAAAUUACUGACUUCUUAACCUUUCCAAUAAAUGUCCUUGAAUCAGUAGUAACCAAAUGGUGAGAAAUAUCCUUUUUGGGAUGAGUAAAAUUGCAGCAUGGUUGUGCAACUACUGGGAAAAAAAAGAAAAACAAUGCUUUAAGGAUACAUUGCUGUAUUUCAAAUUGACAUAAUCAGAUGAGUUUAUUAAGAAGCUGUUGUUCUGUAUGCUAGUACACCAGAAAUGCCGCCAAAAACAGUAUAAAAUACUAAAUUACAUUAAUUUCAUCAAAACCAUCAGUAACUGCAACCUAAUAACGUUACGAUCAAUGGAUUAUGCAGAAAUUACCGUGUUAGCCACGUGAACAUUGUGACAAUAUCGUCUUUGUUUAAACUCAAUAAAUGAAACUCAAUUUCAAUAGAUUGAGUUUGGGCAGGUAAAUGUUUUCUGAUUUGUUUGCUUUGUUUGAUUUUAAUACAAAUCUUCUGUGUUGUA